AGUUCCUGCACAAACUUCAUUCCACUCCACAGAGGGAGAACAUAUGUUGGAGACUCAACAGAGACGGAGCGGAGAGAGUAGACAAACAAAGCUCUCACGGACUGGACCUAUUUUUUGUUGUUGGAUUACUUCUCUCACGUCAGGGCCUUUAUGCGUUUGCGUCUUUGCAUCAGAGUGCUUGAGUGUGAAAGUUUGUGUGCAUAGUGUAAAUGUAAUUUGAAUUGUUUUUAAAGAUGGAUUCAUCCUUUGCUCUGAGCUCUCUUCCCCUGGCCCUUUUAUUCUCCCUUCAUCUACACAGCCACCUCCUUGCUUGGGCCGCAAUGGACUCCUGCUAUGAUGAGCAGGGUGCCCCAAGCCGCUGCAUGCCCAAGUUUGAGAACAUUGCCUUCAAUCGCACUGUGGUGACAUCAAAUGUGUGCGGCUCCCCACCUGAGGACUACUGCAUGCAGACUGGCUCAACGCGCUCAUGCCACCACUGUGACGCAUCAGAUCCUGAGCUGAGCCACAAUGCCAGCCUCCUGACAGACUUCAACAGGAAUGAGGAGUCCACGUGGUGGCAGAGCCAAUCCAUGUACUAUGGUAUCCAGCACCCCAAUUCUGUCAACCUCACCCUCCACCUGGGGAAGGCUUUUGAGAUAACCUAUAUACGAUUGAAAUUCUACACCAGUCGGCCAGAGAGCUUCGCCAUCUACAAGCGCACGGAAGAGGAUGGACCCUGGUUGCCUUACCAGUAUUACAGCGCCUCUUGUAGGAAGACCUAUGGGAAGGAUGCUAAGGGUUACAUACGCCCAGGAGAUGAUGAGAGGACUGCUUUAUGUACAGAUGAGUUCAGUGAUAUCUCUCCCCUCACUGGAGGAAACGUGGCUUUUUCCACCCUGGAGGGAAGGCCCAGUGCAUACAACUUUGACCAAAGCGUGGUGUUGAAGGAAUGGGUGACCGCCACUGACCUGCUCGUCUCUUUGGACAGGCUUAACACCUUUGGAGAUGAGUUCUUCAAGGACGCUAAAGUGUUGCGCUCGUACUUCUAUGCCAUCUCUGAUUUCUCUGUGGGUGGCAGAUGUAAGUGUAACGGUCACGCCAGCGAGUGUGUUGAGGUGGAACAUCUGGGCCUGGUCUGUUCCUGCCAACAUCACACGGUGGGAGAUGACUGCCAGAGAUGUCACCCCUUUUACCAGGACAGACCCUGGGCCAGGGCCACUGGGGACUCUGCCAAUGAGUGUUUGAAGUGUAACUGCAGUGGGAGGUCAGACGAGUGCGUGUUUGACAUGGAGCAGUACCGAAGCACGGGCAGUGGGGGGCGCUGCGUGAGCUGCAGAGACAACACUGAUGGGCCCCAUUGUGAACGCUGCAGAGAGAACCACUACAGGGAAUCUGCUGAAGAGCCCUGCCUACCCUGCAACUGCAAUAUUAAUGGUUCAGUGAGUCUGCAGUGUGAUGUAGAGGGAAGGUGUGCGUGCCGAGUUGGCGUGACCGGGGAGAAGUGUGACACAUGUCGGGCUGGCUUUCACUCGCUUGGCCCUGGUGGCUGCAGGCCUUGUGAGUGUGACCCCAGCGGGACUGUGGACGAUUGCUCUCCUCUGGAUGGACGCUGUCACUGUAAGCCAAACGUGGAGGGACAGAGCUGUGACAGAUGCAAGCCAGGCUUUUUCAACCUACAACAAGUGAACCCAGCAGGCUGCCAAGCGUGUUUUUGCUUUGGCCACUCACUAGCCUGCUCUUCUUCCAAUCACUAUUUGGCUAUCAACAUCUCUUCUGACUUCAUUGAAGAUCAGGAUGGCUGGUUGGGAGAGUUCUCUGCAGGCCAGGAGUACCCCCUGCUGUGGAAGGAAGGUGAAGUCUACCUGCUGCCUCUUACCGAGGAAGACAUCGGCUUCUACAAAGCCCCCGAGAAAUUCCUGGGUCAUCAAGUCUACAGCUACGGCCAGCUCCUCUCCAUCACCUUCACCUCUGAGACCGCCGAGCUGCUUCCUGACCACGUCACCUUGCUACUCCAAGGCUCUGGAGUCACCCUGUCUGCUGACCUUUCACCCCAACCAGUGCUUGACCAUGACCCCGGCCUCUCAUCGCGGCGCUCCUUCAUUGUCAGGCUUCAUGAAAAUGAGAUGAGAUUUGAACCUCCACUGUCUGCCUUUAAGUUCCAACAACUUCUGAACAACCUGACAACUCUCAGAAUCAGCAACGCUGGAGGACAGAACUACACAUCACAGCUUGCAGGGGUAACCCUGACCUCAGCCUUCAUCUCCUCUGGUCCAGCCAAUCCUCCUGCCCCAUGGGUGGAAUCUUGUUCCUGUCCCCCGGGCUUUGCAGGCCAGUUUUGUGAGCAGUGCGCCCCAGGAUUCACCCGGGAAGACCCCAGCAGAGGGUCUCUCUCAACAUGCGUGCCAUGCAACUGCCACCAGCAUGGAACCUGUCAUCCAGAGACAGGUGUGUGUGAGUGCUCAGACUUCACCACUGGGAUGACCUGUGAGCACUGCCUGGAUGGUUACUAUGGCAACGCUUUGAUUGGCACCCGUGGUGAUUGUCAGCCUUGCCCUUGCCCGGACCGUACCAGCUGUGCAGAAAUUGCGGAGACGGGACAGGUGGUCUGUACCAACUGCCCUACGCGACAGACGGGGAUGCGCUGUCAGAUGUGUGAAGAUGGUUACUAUGGUGACCCCCUGGGACAAUCUGGGGCAGCUCGACCGUGUGUGAGAUGCGACUGCAAUGGCAACGUGGACUUCAACGCGUUGGGAAUAUGUGACCACAUCACUGGGCGAUGUUUGAAGUGCCUGAGACACACAGAGGGCGAGCACUGCCAACGCUGCCAGCGAGGUUUCUACGGCGAUGCCCUGAACCAGACAGCAGGCCAGAAGUGCAAGCCGUGCAGCUGCAAUCCUGGCGGAACCUCUGGCCAUGUAAAUGAAUGCCACCCUCAGACAGGAAAUUGUCAGUGCCUCGCUCAAGUGACCGGACGGGAUUGCAGUUAUUGUGAAGUAGGCUUCUUCAACCUCCAACCAGGUGCAGGAUGUGAAAGGUGCAAGUGUAACCCGAUUGGCUCAUCGUCCAUCGCGUGUCAUCCAAUCACAGGGCAGUGUCUGUGUCGUGCAGGAGUGGAGGGGAGACUGUGUGAUUCUUGCCGCGUGGGCUUCUUUGGAUUCUCGUCACGAGGUUGCAGAGCCUGUAACUGUGACCCAAUGGGCUCCAUUUCCAUGCAGUGUCACAGUAACGGCACCUGCCACUGUCGCCAGGGCUUCGUGGGUUAUAAGUGUGACAAAUGUGAGUUGAACUAUUUCCACAACAGAGCCACACAUCAGUGCGAGGAAUGCCCAGUCUGCUACGGUCUUAUCAAGAAACAGGCAGAAAAGCUGAGGACUGGCCUGCAGGAUUUGGAGAAGCUGCUGGCUCCCUUUGAUUGCCGCGGUAGAUUUGGGGAGCAGCGCCACCUGCUGAAGUAUCACAUGGCCAGGCUUUAUGAGCAUGAGCACCAGAGGGAGGAUACCCUACCGAAUGCUCUGGAGGAUUUUCUGGCCUUCCAAGAAGCACGGGAGGCCUUCAUAAAACAAUUUUCCUCGCUAGAAACUUCCACAGGCACACUCUUAGCCCAGCUGCAUGGCAUUACAUCUACUUUGAACUGCAGCAUCAGCAUGACGGGGGAAGAGGGGAAGGAUAGGAGGAAGGAUGAAGGGAGCAGGGGUGUGUGUCAAACCUUCACAGAGACUAUGUUCAUGGUCAAAGCGUCUCAGAAACAGCUAAAGCAGGCAACACUGGACCUGGACAACAUGGUAGGUGUUUUAUUGGUCCAUAUAGUAAGUAUAUAUUCCAGGUAUUUCACUGUAUCCCUUAUCACUUGGUGUGAGGCUCUAAUAAAUCUGCAGCGCAGUAUGUCUUUUCAUCAUCUGAACAAUAAUAAAUCAAAUGAACAGAAGACAUCCUGGUAUUUAAUAGUGGCUAUUGCAGUAUAUUAUAGUUUACUACAUUUUUUCUCUGCUGUCUUUCUCUACUUCUUUUAUCUCAGAAUAACACAAAUGCAGCAGCAGAAGGAGAACCUGACAGCGCAGGUGAAUGAAACUGUAGCCAAACAGCUGGCCCUGAAGGGGGAAGUUGCUGGUUUAAAGCUUGCCCUGGGUAAUAUCACAUCAUCCUUACAUCAGCUGGCUCUGACAGAUGCCAGCCCAUCACCAGAGCCUGACCAAACACAGCUCAACCAAACACAUCCAACCAAGCAUACAACAAAGUGGGGCGAGGACCUUCUAAAACAGACAGAAGAGCUGGACCGGCAAAUUCAGACCAAAGACAAUCUCAUCAGUAAGAUCAGAGAGGAAAUGGAGCCUCUAAAACUGACUGCCAAUAAGAAACUGGAGAUGAUUGAUGACAUCAGUGAGCUGCAUGCUCACGCUCAAGGGGCAAAGGUCAUGGCUCUGUCGUCCGUGGUGACAGGGAAAGAGGUGGAAUCUGACGCCAUCGCCCUGCACAGGGAACUAGAAUACAUGGUGAGGGAGUGGCCCCGUCAGCAGGCCCGGACCAAGGCUGCAAUGAAGAAGGAAAGACCCUUGGAGGAAAAGGUUCUCGCUGAUGUCAGGAAAAGAGUCUCACAGAUUGGGAAGAUGCUAAAACCAGCUCUGGAAAACUCCAGCCUCUCCAGCAACACCACGAAGGAGGCAGAACAAACAGCACAUGCUGUGGCAAAGGAAUCCAAAGCCAUUCUGACCCAAGCCAAGCAUACCAGGACUGCAUCCGCUCACCUUAGCUCCCAUAUAGACUCUGCUUUACAACAGCUGGCUGAGCAGGAGAUGCAAACUGACACAGCCAACUCCCAGAUCACUUCCGAGCCUGCGGUGUCCCUGACCAGUGUUAAGGAAGACAUGGAAGCAGCCAAGCUUCAGUUAAAGGCCUAUUCUGUUACACUAACUGAGCUAAUCAGCAAGAUUGAUGAGAACAUGCCGCUGGAGCGCUUUGACCGGAUCUUAGAUGAGACAGCGCGCCGCCUUAGCAUGCUCCGCGGGAGCGUUGAGAGCCCGACGCUGGGCACGAAGAUCCAGAAGUUGCAUUCAGCCGCUAAGGAACAGCACAGCCGGAUGUCCCUCAUUGAACAGGACUUACAGGAGAUCAUAGAGGAGAGAGACAGUCUCAGGGACAUUGCUUUAAACCUGCCUCAGUCCUGCCCCCAGGCCACAGGAGCAGGUAAGGUCUAGAUACUCUUCAUGACAGGGAUUUGAUAAAACAGCUGAACAUCAGAAAUGUCUGGGAGGAUUUUGUUAAUGAAAGGGGCUGUGGUCAUUUUUUUUUCCUGCUCAGUUAUAUCCUUACAUAUUCUUGCCUACUCCCACAUUUUGCCCCAAGGUACACUUUAUUUUACCAUCUCGAUACACUGUCUCACACACAUUCCAACCAAAAGCCACAUAGCUCUCCACUGUCUCCCAUGAUUUAUACCUAACUUUCCUUUUUAUUUUUACUUUUUAUUUUUUUUGCUUCAUUUUUUUUUCUCCCACUCUCUUUUUUUACCAACAAGAUCAGAACGUAAGACCUUCACAUAGAAACCAUUACACAACAAAGUAUACACAACAAAGUAUACUUGAAAGGGCCAUUUUCAUACAGGGAACAGUACGAUGCGCAAUGGAGCUGCUCACAGCUGAUAAAAAGCUUACAUUUGUAGGUGAUGGUUCAAGGAAUUCUCACAAACAAAAACAAAAAUGUAAGUAUCCUUCGAGGACAUUUUUGCUGCCUGUGAAUUUUCAAAACUGAAUUUGGCAGUACAACAAUUACAUUUGUCUCUUGUGUGCUAAAAUAGUGCACUGUCACCCACUGAAAGAUUUGGGAAUAGUAAAGGAAGGAAUAGUUUGACAUUUGGGAAAACACACAUAUUUGCUUUUUUUCCACGAGUUAAACAAGAAUCAAAUCAAUCAACUUUUAUCAGUCACAUGAAAAUCGUACAAAGUACAAUUCCAGUGAAAUGUAAUCCCAUCAGCUCCUUCAACUUGUGCAUGAAAAGUAGGAGGGGGGUGUCCUCGUUUAGGAUCCUAGUGGCCUGAGUCUCUCGGUGCUGGCCUGUUGUGU